AUGGUAGUCGGAGUUCUACACUCACCGGCAAUACUCACUCUUGUUACUCUCUUCCUCCUCUUCUGCUUCUCCACCACCACCACCUCCUCCUCCGUUUUUAACCAACCACCACCAAGAUUAAUCCACAAAGUUCAUUUCCAUCAACAAGAAUAUCACCACCACCUCCUUUCUCCUUCGGUUCCUUAUACAUUACUCAAUAGAAAAGCAUUAGCACCACCCACGAAAUUCAACUUCUCACCAUUCAUUUACAGGCGGCACCACCACCGGAAAACUAGUCCCGUUGAACAGUCCGUGAUUGACCCACGAUACGGCGUGGAGAUGCACCUGGUCCCAACUGGUCCGAACCCUUUGCAUCACUAA